AUGAAGAAACUGAGAGAUCCUAUAGUUAAAAAGGACGAUGGCAGUGAAGCUUUGGAACUUCAACUUGAUGUGAGUAAUUUUAAACCAGAAGAAAUUACUGUGACAACUUCAGGAAAGCAACUUUCCGUCCAUGCCAAACACGAAGAAAAGACUGGAAAUUCCUCAGUUUAUCAGGAGUUUAAUAGAAGUUUCACUCUACCGGACGGUGUUAAACCAGACACUGUUCAAUCCACGCUGUCGAAAGAUGGAAUAUUAAGCAUAACAGGACCAGUGGACAGAGCCUUAGAGGGACCAAAAAAGAUACCAAUUGAACAUAAAAAAUAA